GGGUCAUGUAUGAUUUUGCUGCUGAACCAGGAAACAAUGAGCUGACGGUUAGUGAGGGGGAGAUCAUCACAAUAACUAAUCCGGACAUUGGUGGAGGAUGGCUGGAAGGGAGGAACAGCAAAGGAGAGCGGGGCCUCGUUCCUACGGACUACGUGGAGAUUUUACCCAGUGAUGGAAAAGAUCAGUUUGCUUGUGGAAACUCAGUGGCUGACCAGGCUUUCCUUGAUUCCCUCUCAGCGAGCACAGCUCAAGCCACCUCGUCCUCUGCCAACAGCAACAGCCAGGUCAGUGGCAGCAAUGACCCCUGGUCAGCCUGGAAUGCCCCCAAAUCUGGGAACUGGGACAAUUCAGAUGGCUGGGGCAUGAGACCAGAGGGGGCUGGCACUCAGAGAAACAGUGCCAACAACUGGGAUACUGCCUUCGGCCACCCCCAAGCCUACCAAGGACCAGCAACUGGUGAUGAUGAUGACUGGGAUGAAGACUGGGAUGACCCCAAGUCCUCUUCACCUUACUGCAAGGACACAGAGUCGACUGAAGCAGGAGGCAUCCAGCGAGGAAACAGUCGUCCAGGUGCCUCUUCCAUGAAGCUGCCACUUAACAAAUUUCCUGGAUUUGCAAAACCUGGAAUGGAACAGUAUUUGUUGGCCAAGCAACUAACAAAACCCAAAGAGAAAAUUCCCAUCAUUGUUGGAGAUUAUGGCCCAAUGUGGGUUUAUCCUACCUCUACGUUUGACUGUGUGGUAGCAGAUCCCAGGAAAGGCUCCAAAAUGUAUGGUCUUAAGAGCUACAUCGAAUACCAACUAACACCUACAAACACUAAUCGAUCAGUAAACCACAGAUAUAAGCACUUUGACUGGUUGUACGAACGUCUCCUGGUUAAGUUUGGGUCCGCCAUUCCAAUCCCUUCUCUUCCAGACAAGCAGGUCACAGGUCGCUUUGAAGAAGAAUUUAUCAAAAUGCGCAUGGAGAGGCUUCAGGCCUGGAUGACAAGGAUGUGCCGGCACCCCGUGGUCUCAGAAAGUGAGGUUUUCCAGCAGUUCCUGAAUUUCCGAGAUGAGAAGGAAUGGAAAACUGGAAAGAGGAAGGCGGAGAAAGACGAGCUGGUGGGAGUCAUGAUAUUCUCCACCAUGGAACCGGAGGCUCCAGACUUGGACUUGAUAGAAGUAGAACAGAAGUGCGAGGCUGUGGGGAAGUUCACCAAGGCCAUGGAUGACGGUGUGAAGGAGCUGCUGACCGUGGGCCAGGAGCACUGGAAACGUUGCACAGGACCAUUACCCAAGGAAUAUCAGAAGAUAGGGAAGGCCUUGCAGAGCCUAGCAGCAGUGUUUAGUUCUAGCGGUUAUCAAGGUGAAACGGAUCUGAAUGAUGCAAUAACAGAAGCUGGGAAGACUUAUGAGGAGAUUGCCAGUCUUGUGGCAGAACAGCCAAAGAAGGACCUCCACUUCCUGAUGGAGUGCAAUCAUGAGUACAAAGGCUUUCUUGGGUGCUUCCCGGACAUUAUUGGUGCUCACAAGGGAGCAAUAGAAAAAGUUAAAGAAAGUGAUAAGCUAGUUGCAACUAGUAAAAUCACCCCUCAAGACAAGCAGACCAUGAUACAGCGAGUCGGCACCAUGUCCUACGCUUUGCAAGCGGAGAUGAAUCACUUCCAUAGUAACCGGAUCUACGAUUACAACAGUGUCAUCCGCCUCUACCUGGAGCAGCAAGUGCAGUUCUAUGAAACAAUUGCAGAAAAGCUGAGGCAGGCCCUCAGCCGCUUUCCAGUCAUGUAGAACAGAACGGAACAUGAAGAAAACGCCCGAGUGCUUCCUUCUGACUUGGGACAACACAACUCAGAGUUAUUUUUCCCUAUCGUACAAGAGAGAGAAGAAGGAAGAAAACCAAAAAGAAAUGAGUGGGAAAAGCGUUUUCUCUCUUAACCAGCCUGAACGCACUGCUUUGGGGUGGUCCCCUUUGCUUCAUCUUGAUACUCAUUAGUUUCUCAAUGGAAAAAUGUCUAUUUUUGGAAAACACUUAAAUUUAUCAAGAUUUUGAAUGGAGAAUUAGGGGUUCCUCCUUCUGGUAUUUUACAUAGAUCGUAAUUUAUACAUUACCCAUGAUCUUCCAGUUCUUACCCAAUGUCAGAUAAUUAGUUACUAAUUGCUUUCUUAAAAAUACAAGAUAUGCCAGAAUAAAAAUAUAUGUUUGUAUAUUUUUAUAACUUUUCCAGUCCUUUGGGGUCCUGUCUGUUUAGGGAGUCUGCAUACCCUUCACUGCUGUAGCUACAAUUCAAGUGCUCGCAUUUGAGGAGGGGGGAAGCAAAGGGGAUUCCCAAACUGCCUAAACCCCGAGGUGUGUGGCGGCAAGGCCGUGGCAUGUCCCAUUUGCUGGGUGCGGCAGAUGAGCACAUCCUGCCUUUCCACUGCUGCCUGCACAGUCAUUUCCCUGUGCGGCUUGUGUGGAGGUCGGCACUCUCUUUGCAUUCCUUCCUAAUUCCAGGUAAGGCACGUUUUAUGCUAGAAAUAAGUCAGAAAAGUUGAGGGUUUUUUAACUUCCCUGCCUUUGUCCCCUCCACCCCAGGGGGUAGAUCCUGUUCCUCUGCCCAGGAAGACCUGGGGUAAAGAACAGUCAGCCUCCUCCAGAACUUCCAACCCUUCCACUCUUGGUCCUCAGAUGUCCAUCAGAUGGAAGGAGGUGCUGCAAGCUGUCUGAUCUGAAGCAGAGGGCUGGUCUGUGUUCUCUGAAAAGAUGGAAACCUGAGUUAAGCACCUGAUUGUCCCAGCAAAUGGGAAAACUCAGGAACCAAGACAGGUGGUAGCUUGAAGGUUGAGCAGCAGUAAGCUGACGAGUACAGGAUGACACCGUGUGACUGUCCUGACCUUCAGAGGUCCUGAUGCAUCCGCUGGUGGCACGGUGCACAGCAGGGUCUCAGCCAGCUGUUGGCUUGAAGUCUGACCACACUCAUGCUGCCUUCCUCCUGGACAGUAGCCCCCUCCACAGGUGCCUUACAGCCUGAUCCACUGCUUUUGUUUUUCUGACCUGAUGAUUCUAUUGUAGAGAAUGGGAAGUCUGGGCAAGCAUAAAUAAAUGAAACCAAAAAAUAAAUAGCUGAGAAAAAUCAAACACAAGGAUGAGAACUUGUUCAGUAUCACGGGUUUUUGUUAAUAUUUUAUAAGUAAUUUUCCCCACUUGAUUUUUCUUUUAUAAAAUCCCAUAGAACAGUGUUUAUGAUACAGCCAUUUAAUAUAUGUACAAAUUGUAAAGAAUAUGUAUAUUUUACAUAAAUGUAAGAGCAUGUAGACACCAAUAUAUAAAUAAAUUGUUUUUAAAAACUGUACAGUAAAUUCUCAAAGCACUGUU